AUGCGGAAUUCCCUUUUCGCCCUUUGCGGGCUGGCAGCCUUGCACACUGUGGGCGCUGCCGCAGCUGAUGUUGUCAAGGGAAAGGUGUUUGACAGAUUCAUCACCAUUUGGCUGGAGAACCAGGACUUCACCAAGGCCGCGGUUGAUAAGAAUCUUGCCGACCUGAAGAAGCAGGGCGUCCUGCUCACCAGAUAUUAUGGGCACACACACCCGAGCCAGCCAAACUAUCUCGCUGCCAUCGCGGGUGACUAUUUCGGCCUCAACCAUGAUAACGAGGUCAGGGUCCCGGAGAACGUGUCAACGGUAGUUGACCUGCUCGAUACCCGUGACAUCUCAUGGGGCGGAUACUUUGAGGACAUGCCCGGCCCCGGCUUCAUGGGUAACUACAGCGACGGUACCACGGGCAACGGCGGGUGGGAUUAUGUCCGCAAGCACAAUCCCUUUGUGUCGUUUGACAGCGUCACGAACAACGGAACGCGUCUGCUCUGCCUGCAGUCCUUUAACGAAUUCCACGACGACUUUGUGGCAAAGCGAGUGCCGCAGUUUGUGUUUAUGUCGCCCAACAUGAUGCACGACGGCCACAACACGUCACUCGAGACGGCAACCGAGUGGUCGCAUGAGUUCUUGCAGCCCCUGCUUACCGACAAGGCCUUUGACGAGCGGACGCUCAUCCUGCUCACCUUUGACGAGUCCGAGAACUACGAGGAGCCGAACCACAUCGUCUCCUUGCUGCUGGGCAAUGCCGUGCCCAAGGAGCUCAGGGGCACGCAGGACGACACCUUUUACACGCACUACAGCAUCCUGUCGUCGGCGCAAAAUAACUGGGGACUGCCCCAUCUGGGUAGGUACGACGUCGGAGCCAACGUGUUCCGAUUCGCAGCGGAGACGGCCAGGUACGAAGGCAACAGGGACCCGACGAACCUGGCGACACUCAACAAUUCACUGUCGUAUCCAGGCUUUUUGCACAACGAGACUUGGCUGCCCAUCCCGAUCCCGAACUGGAGGCUUCGGGGUGCUGGUGGAAAGGGUGCGUUGCCGGCGGUUGAGAAGACCUGGGGCAUUGAAGAUGGAGUGCCGUGGAAUACCCCGUACGAUGGUAGUGGGAAGGUGUUUGAUGGAGACAAGAAUAUGCCUAUCUACAAGCCAGCUGUCGCGAACUGA